AAAUAGGACGAUUUGGUUAUAAUUAAUUUUUUACUGAUUUGAGUAAAGUGCGAUUUAUUUUAUUUAUAUAUAUUCAUAGUAAAGUGGUCAGAUGGGGCCAAAGGUGACAAAAUAUUCGUCCGACAACGUAACGUGGUUGAAUGAUACAACAAAAACUACGCACCUAACCUUACUUUCGUUCGUUUUAAUUAUUUUAUCUUCACCCACUUCAUUUUAGAAGUUGAAUAGCAUCAGUCCACUUUUAGUUUCUACAGUCCUUUAUGAGUGUCGGAAUUACUUUUUAUACAUUAUUUCAAAAUGGUAAAAUAUAGUAUAUUUACAUACGAAACCCUGGUCCAUGCCACUGCCGGAGCUGCGGGAAGCAUAGUGGCGAUGUCGGUUAUGUACCCACUGGACAAUGUAAAAUUUAGAAUGCAGUUAGAGGAUAAUUCAGUAAGUGGAAAGACGCCACUUCAAGCUUUAGUUCACAUUUUGAAGAAAGAAGGAAUUGAAGGUUUGUAUCGAGGGAUCAAACCAGCACUAACCACUUUAGGCGUGUCCAAUUUUAUAUAUUUUUACGCAUUCCACGGCCUAAAAUCGUUAAGAUUAAAUUGCAAAAACCCCACCCAAACUGACCUCAUUUUAAGUAUAGUUGCUGGAGUUAUUAAUGUCAUCACAACAAAUCCUCUUUGGGUUGUUAACAGUAGGCUCAAGUUUGACAGAAAUCUAUACUUUUCUGGAUUGUUGGAUGGACUCUUUCACGUCGCAAAUACAGAGGGAUUUAAAACUUUAUGGUCAAGUUUGGGUCCUUCAUUGUUGUUAGUUUCAAAUCCAGCAAUUAACUUUACUGUGUAUGAGGCUUUAAAGCGUCGCACAGUAUCAAGAACUGCGUUUGCCUUUUUCGUUAUGGGGGCUGUUUCCAAAGCCAUUUCUACAGUCGCAACGUAUCCACUACAGGUUGCGCAAACACGACAGAGAUACAAUAAACAUGCUAAAAUGAAUACAGCAGCAAUGCUACUCGAUAUUGUAAAAAAAGGGGGGCCAACUGCAUUAUACCAAGGUCUAGAAGCUAAGUUAUUACAAACUAUUUUGUCUUCAGCUCUAAUGUUCAUGACAUACGAAAAAAUUGCUCAAUUUGUUUUUACUCUCUUAAUGAACAGGAAGGCAGCAGCUUUAUAAAUUUGUUUUUAAUAACAAAAUGGGUGCGAAAAAGUACUGUGAUAAUGUACAAAAAAUAUAUAGUUCAGGAGAAAGAAUGUUUAGACAAGAUGUGCGGACAGAUGCAGGAACAUCACAUUUUACUGGUACUCGAAUAUUGCAUUUUUCAAAUCAUCAACUGAACCACAUUUUGAAGUACAGGAUGCUGUUUUUUUGUUUCCAACUAUCGGCACAUUGAAUGAACAUCUUUCUCUAACAAUGCCAAACAGGUUUAGGGGUCUAGUCCAAAAGGGUGUAGUAUUUUUAUGGCUUUUAAAUUUUAAUAACAUAUUGUAGCGUAAUUUUGUAAGAUUACAAUAAAAUUGUCCAAAAUA